AUGCAGAGGCGCGUUGCAGCAGCGCUGUCACUGCUCGCGGCGCUCACCUGGCUCGCGGCGACCGCCUGCGCCUGCAGCAGCAGGGCAGGGGGGCGGGACGAUGCCGCUGCGUGGGACAGGCACAUAACCCUGCAGGGGCGGAGGCGGUCGCUGCUGUCAUUCUCUGGGCGCAGGUGCGGCGCCGUCCUGCCGCCGGCGGACGUGCUGCAGCGCGUCGAGUUCAGCGCCGCAGCGCACGCCGCCAAGGAGGCCGCGCGCGUCGCGUCGGGCGGCAGCCAGGCGCCCCGGGUGUUCAACAUCCCGACGUUCGUAUACAACGUCGUCUCGAACGACGGCACUGAGCGGGGCUUUGUGUCAGAUGCCGGCCUCAAACUGCAGAUUGCCGAGAUGAACAAGGCGUAUGCAACGGCGGUCACGCCCGACGGCGUCGAGGGCACCUCGGCGGCCCGCGCGAAGAUCACCUGGAACUUCAGCCUCCAGAACAUCACCCGCAUCAAGGCCGGCGACAUGUGCGACUCGGCGGUCGAGAAGACGGUCAAGGCGGCGAGCCGCAAGGGCGGCAGGGGCGCGCUCAACCUGUACAUAACCGACCUGUCGGCGUGCGGGCUGCUGGGGUACAGCACGUGGCCGUGGGAGCUGGAGCCCAAGGCCGGCAAGCCCAAUGCGCUGAUCAUGGACGGCGUGGUCAUACAUUUCGAGACGCUGCCCAAGGGCACCUACAAGCCGUUCAACAUGGGGCGCACCUGCAUCCACGAGACGGGCCACUGGAUGGGGCUCUACCACGUGUUCCAGAACGGCUGCAGCAAGGGCGGGGACCAGGUCGACGACACCCCCUACCAAAGUGCCCCCACAGAGGGCUGCCCCAAGAGCCGCGACUCCUGCCCCCAGCCGGGCACGGACCCGUUUUGGAACUUCAUGGACUACACGGAUGACAAGUGCAUGAAGGGCUUCACGCCGCUGCAGCACCAGCGGAUGGCCACCUUCUGGGCGCAGCACAGGGGCCGGCGGUAG